CUCGAAAAAACACCAUUUCCCUGGAAGAGAGAGAAGAAACAGAGAGAAUCAAGAGGGGGAGGAAGAACAGAACUCAGCCACUCUCUAAUCUCAUCCUCCUCUUUCUCUUUCAUUUUCCAGGAAAAGUUUUCGGAUCUUCGCGAGCUUUAUAAUCAUGGUGUUUUGGGUGUUUGGGUAUGGCUCACUGGUGUGGAAUCCAGGAUUUGAAUUUGACGAGAAAAUUGUAGGUUAUAUCAAGGAUUAUAAGCGCGUUUUCGACCUCGCAUGCAUUGAUCACAGAGGUACGCCAGAAAAUCCUGCUAGAACUCUCACGUUGGAACAGGAAGAAGCAGCAAUUUGUUGGGGAGCAGCUUACUGUGUGCGGGGGACUCCUGAAAGGGAAAGAACUGCAAUGGAGUAUUUAGAACAUAGAGAAUGUGAAUAUGAUCAAAAGACACUUGUUAACUUCUACAAGGAAGAGAGCUCUCUUGAGCCUGCCCUUUCAGGAGUAAUUGUUUUCACAUCGACUCUGGACAAAGAAGUGAACAAAUACUACCUGGGUCCAGCUCCGUUAAACGACAUGGCUAGACAAAUUGCUACUGCUGCUGGGCCUUGUGGAAACAAUAAGGAUUAUAUUUUCAUGUUAGAGAAGGCAUUGUUUAACAUAGGUCACGAGGAUGAAAUGGUGAUCGAGCUCGCUAACGAGGUGAGAAAAGUUCUCGAUCUCCUCGAGAAUGGUAUCUCAAGGGAGAACAAACUGCUCGGAGCAGUGCCCCACGUAGUACUCAAGUCGCACAUAUCGUCCUUAGAACUACAACUACUUCCAGAAGCCAUAGCCACAGAUUCCUAACUCCAAAAUCCCACAAACCAAACAAACCAGAGGCUUCCAGUGAU